CCUCGUCCUCUCUCCCUCUCCUUCUGUCCAUCUUCACCCCAUCAACAAACAACCCCACUAUCGCCCAUAUAUAUCAGAAAAAAACACACACAACAUAAUGUCCGCAACCCUCCACCCUGUCUUCCGCCCCGGUGCAACAGCCCUCAUCACCGGCGCCGCAUCAGGCAUCGGCCUAGCCACAGCCCAAUUCUGCCGCACCCACGGCAUGAACCUCGUCCUCGUGGACAACAACAAAGAGGCCCUCGAAACAGCAGCAUCCACUCUCCCCUCCACCUCAUCAGCUCCAACAACAACAACCCACCACAUCGACGUCUCCAACCCCUCAGACUGGCAAUCCCUCUACUCAUCCAUCACCCCCACCCACCCUCAGGGAAUCGACCUCCUCUUCCUCAACGCCGGCACCAUGGUCCAGCCCACAGAAGGCAAAACCACCUGGACAGAUCCGACGUACUUCCAACGAGCCCUCGCAGUGAACACACUAGGCUACACGAACGGCAUAGCGACAUUCAUCGACGACAUCACUCGCGGAAGCGAUACAGUUCUGCGGGCUAUCAUCCUCACUGGCUCCAAGCAGGGGAUAACCAACCCGCCUGGGGACCCGGCGUAUAAUGCCUCCAAAGCGGCUGUGAAGAGUAUUGCCGAGCAGUUGAGUUAUAGUCUGUAUGAGAAACAUCCCAAUGUGAGUGUACAUUUGCUGGUUCCGGGGUUUACGUAUACGGGGAUGAUAAGGAGACAUUUUAAAGAGAAGCCGAAUGGAGCGUGGUUGCCGGAACAGGUGGUUGAGUAUUUGAGCCAGGGGAUGGCGGAGGGGAGGUUCUAUAUUAUUUGUCCGGACAAUGAGGUUACUGAGGAUUUGGAUAAGAAGAGGAUGAUGUGGUCGUGUGGGGAUAUGGUGAAUAGGAGGCCGGCGUUGACGAGGUGGAGGGCCGAUUGGAAGGAGAGGGCGGCAAAGGGGAUUGAGGAGAUGAAAGUUGGGGAGUAAUUUGGUCUGAUCAAUAGUACUAUGGAUGAUCAUAGGCUUGGACACAAACCGAAGUCAACUAUCAGAUUGUCUGAGAAAGCCAUGCUGUCUGUCUAUAGGAACUCUUAACGACAUCAACAGUAAAUUCCAGCAAUUGCCAUGUAAAGUAUCUACUACCCACCUUUAGUCUCUUCAUCAAGGUUUAGUAUAUCUUCUUAUCC